UGAAGAAAGCAUCCGAGGCAGAGUAGAUCAGUAUCUAGUUUUAGGUGGAGGCACUUCAGUCGUUUCGGCGACUCUUGGAGGUGUAGAGAGAAUUUACUUGCUCCUCGCUUAUCUGUUUCUGCAUCGUCCACUUGCAGACAACAAUAUAAGACGGAACCCACCAACCCUUUCUCUUCCGAGUUGGACAGAUCGAGAGAAGGAAUCUGGUUAUAUAUAAAUUUAUAAGCACCAACGAAAAAGUAUCAAUUCUGUACAUUUUUUUUUCUUCUUUUGAGCAUUAUCGUUUAUAUUUCGGAGGAGUUUAGUAUUAUUACUUCACAAUGAACUUAAAGAAUUUUAGCAUAUUUCAUCUGCUUUUUGCAGUUGUAGCUUUAACUCUGGCACCAACCUUGGCGUUGUUUAAUUCUGUUCGAAAAAGAAAUACCGGGAUGGCGUUCACGACAUACUCGGAGUUAGCGCUGAUGGGCACUAUUCAAAGCAAUAAACAACGGGGACGUGCAACACUUAUGAAAAGCGAAGGCCAGUACUUGAACACCAUGUUUGAUACUUACAUUGACUUCCAGCGGAGUGAAGUGGUAGUGAAUUUGAAAAGCCUCGAUGGCCGUGAGUAUGCAGUUCGGUUCCCAACACAACAACUUAAAGAAGACAAAGAUAAAAAAAUAUUAGUUCGCUUCCUGAAUUUAAGAUCGAACUCAAAUGGUAUUGAACUGUAUGUUAACUGCGUCAAUAUAGGUCGUGACAACACAGAAUUGCCCAUUAGAGAAGUUGUAUUUAGCAAUCAUACUGUGUUUCGCCAUGCGAACUUUAAACUCUACACUGAAAUGAACCUACCCAGCUUAUUGAUGCUACAGAACUGUAAGGAAACGCCAACUCACGCCAGCAUUACUCACCAUAGAUAUCCGGAACCAUCUUGGAUUGGAACAGGAAGUGGGAAAACCGCGGGAUCGGGUGCAAAAGACGUGUUUGGAUCAGCCCGACAACCACCUCACGGAGCAGAGGAACAUGAUAAAAUGGACGGACCAUCACUAAGCAGCUACAUUGGAGAACUGACACGAGCAAUUAGAGAUUUGCAAAGAGAUUUCCAAAACCAGAUUCGUGAAACACAUCUUUUGAAAGAAACACUAAGAGAAUGUCAGAUGUGCAGAGGUACGAAUGAACCUGGAAAUAUCCGGCGUUGUUCUUCUCAUCCAUGUUUCUCCGGAGUUCGUUGUAUUGAUACUGAAAAUGGAUUCCGUUGUGGAGAAUGCCCACCAGGUUUCUAUGGUGACGGUAUAUCUUGUUCAGCUUAUCUGUCUUGUAAUGACAGACCAUGUUAUCCAGGAGUGACCUGUACCGACACUAUAAGCGGCUACAGAUGUGGAAGCUGUCCUGCACAUUACACCGGAGACGGCACACUCCAUGGAUGUAAACCAGUUGAAAUUACUUGUCGUGAUGAACCUUGCUUUCCAGGGGUCAAUUGUACAAACGGACUUCGUGGCUAUAUUUGUGGAGCUUGUCCAUCUGGCUACAGCGGAAACGGAACACACUGUGUCGAUAUAAAUGAGUGUCAGUUUAGCAGACCGUGUGAUAAAAUGGCUACCUGUACGAACUUAUCUCCAGGGUUUACGUGUACACCUUGCCCACCUGGAUAUACAAGUCCUAUAAUUGAAGGAGUAGGUAUAGCAUCUGCACAGAGGACGAAACAGAUUUGCGAAGAUAUCAACGAAUGCAAAAUGAACAAUGGAGGUUGUGUACCCAAUUCGAGAUGCAUAAAUCUACCGGGAAGUUUUAGGUGUGGUGAGUGUAAGACAGGCUACGUUGGAAACCAAACGCGAGGAUGCUUCAAACAAUCAAACAGCUGUCCAACGACUAAAGAGUGCCACUCAAAUGCAAAAUGCGUGCACCGAAAAGAAACGAAUUCUUACGAAUGCAUGUGUCAAGUUGGAUUUGGUGGUGAUGGACACCUUUGUUCGAAAGACAGUGAUCUUGAUGGCAUACCAGAUGAAGAGUUGCCAUGUAAUGACAGAAGAUGUCGAAAGGACAAUUGCCUUCUGACUCCUAACAGUGGCCAGGAGGAUGCUGAUUCGGAUAAGAUUGGUGAUGCCUGUGAUCCUGAUUCCGAUAACGACGGUAUUGUGAACGAUCCUGAUAAUUGCCCACUAACACCUAACCCAGACCAAUUGGAUUCAGAAGACACUCCUGAUAACAAGGGAGACGCCUGUGACAACUGUCCGACAGUUCCAAACACCGACCAAUCUGAUGUGGAUGAUGAUGGCUUAGGAGACAUGUGUGAUCCUGAUGCCGAUAAUGAUGGAAUCCGCAAUGAAAACGACAACUGCCGGUACAUUAAGAAUUCUGACCAGCGUGAUAGCGACGGGGACGGCAUCGGUGAUGUCUGUGACAAUUGUCCAUUUGAUCGCAACGCUAAUCAGAUGGACAGCGAUAACGAUUUAACUGGAGAUGUUUGCGACACAAACGAUGACAAAGAUAACGAUGGAAUACAAGACAACGUUGACAAUUGUCCGAGUGUUAUAAACUCCGAUCAGCUGGACACAGAUAAUGAUAAAAUGGGCGAUGCCUGUGACGAAGAUGAUGACAAUGAUGGCAUCCCAGAUGCUUUCGAUAACUGUGAAUUGAGGGUGAAUCCAGACCAGGAAGAUCUUAACGGCAAUAAUGUCGGAGAUCUUUGUGAGGAUGACAAAGAUGGAGAUAAGAGUAUUGAUAUUGUUGAUGUCUGCCCUUACGACGGACGGGUAUAUUCAACAGACUUCCGAAACUAUCAAACUGUGGUCCUAGAUCCUGUUGGAGUUUCCCAAAUUGAUCCAAAUUGGUAUAUCAUGAAUGAAGGUGCUGAAAUCAUCCAAACAAUAAACAGUGAUCCAGGAAUCGCUAUUGGUUAUACUGCCUUUUCUGGUGUCGAUUUUAGUGGAACUUUAUACAUAAAUACCAAAGAAGAUGAUGAUUAUGCCGGAUUCAUUUUUGGCUACCAAGACAAUGCCCAUUUCUAUGUAGUCAUGUGGAAAAAGAACACACAAACUUACUGGCACUCCACACCGUUCCGAGCUGUUGCUCAGCCGGGUAUCCAACUCAAACUUGUCAACUCGUCCACAGGACCCGGCCAAUAUCUACGAAAUGCUCUCUGGCACACUGGUGAUACACAUGAUCAGGUCAAACUCCUAUGGACUGAUCCACGUAAUGUAGGUUGGAAAGAAAAGAGGGCUUACCGAUGGGAAUUAUUCCAUCGACCAAGUAUUGGUUUAAUAAGGGUUAUCUUCUAUGAAAAAUCUGAGCUGGUAGCAGAUUCUGGAAACAUUUAUGAUUUCACAUUGAAAGGUGGCCGCCUCGGUGUAUUCUGCUUUUCUCAAGAAAAUGUGAUUUGGUCGGACCUUGUGUAUAGAUGUAACGAUUACGUUCAGGAAGAAGACGAGCAUAAUAGUGUUGGGAACAAGUGACGAGAAUAAGAACAUACUCUACAAAUCUUUUUGUUGUUUUUUAAAGUUUUUAUUACAUUUUUUUAUAAAGAGGAAACCCGAUCGCUUUUCUUUUGCAAAGGCGCCUAAAAAAAUCGACACAUUUUGUUACAGAAAAGUUUUAGGUGAAUCGCACUCACAAACCAUUAGAAACUUUAUGCAAACGUAACUUUUUAUAUGCAAAGUGGGAUGAUUAAUUACUUCAUUUGAUUCAUUUUUUAUAUAAUUAUUCAUUUUAUGUUUUGUUGGUUGUUUCAUUUUUUUUUAAAUAUUUUUUUCCGAUUACAAUAAACUGAAACGCUUGAUAUGAAUCCUUUCAGUUUUAUUACAUAAACAGUACUCGUUAUUAUUGACUUUUCUAACGGGACCAUCUUGAUAAAGUUAAAUAUAA